AUGAUCCACCGAAUGCUGCUGGUUCAUCUCGGGUACUCGACUCUACCGACCGAGACUCCUACAAGAACAAGCGCAUCAACGAUGCCGAAACUCAAACGGCAGUUCAUGAAGAAGUUCAAGAACUCCAGCUUCAUGGACGUCAAUUUGCACGCGCUUUUUAAGAGCGCCAUCAAGGCGGAAGACUUUGAGAAGGCGUUGAUGAAUGCGAUCGUUAGUGGAGACAAGACGCUUACCGUCAACAAGAUGACAUUCAAGAACCGCCUCUCCUCGCAGCAGCUUCACCACAAGAACAAGCUCAAUGUGCUCACGACGUUCCGCAGCAUUGACACACUCAACAAGGGCAACAGCGCGAAGUCUUCUGAGCGAGCUAUUACGCUUCGGCAGGUGCACCCAACCGGAACAGGGUAUAUGUGCGGCAUUACGUCCGCGGAUACAGGAAUUAAGGUUGGCAUGAGCAAGCAACUGAGCGUCAGCGCUGAUAUUACGUCGGCCUCAUCGUCGGAGGUGCUCAAGCACAUCGUGUUGGAGGACAAGCAGCUCAUCAAGACUGAGGCGAUUCUUCAGGACAUGACGCUGGUUAACAAACACAACCUUCACAAGGUUUUCGUCAACGGAGACUGGCUGGGAUGCGUCCAUGACUUCGCACUGUUCUUGACGAUCUAUCGCAAGAAGCGGCGCAGCGGGGAGAUCCAUCUCUACACAACGGUGUCGCAUAACAUCGCAGCCAACGAGAUUCACAUGUGGGUGGACUCGGGCCGUCUCGUUCGCCCGCUACUCGUGGUCAGCAACAACAUGGCCAAGAAGGGCUACACCCACGACACGUUUAGGCAGUGGAUCUCUCUCACCAACGACCACAUCGCACAGCUUCAAGCGAGGAAGAUCGACAUUGACGAUCUCGCUCGGCAAGGAAUUGUUGAGUACAUCUCUCCGGAAGAGCACGAGAACACCUACAUCGCUUUUGAGCACGAUCGUUUCAAGCAGCACAUCACCGACCCCCUCCAUCGCUUUUAUUUUUUACGUCAAUCGGGCAGCUAUCGAAGCAAUCCAAUACGCAUCAUGGGCAACUCGAAGCGGCUCGCCACACACUGCUCCUGGUGGCCAUGCUAUUUCAGCAUUCAUAAAUGGUGGAUACGUAUCAACACCAUCCCUUCCUGA